UUAUAAUCAUGAAUUAUUCCAAAUCUGAUGAUGAUGAUGAAAAAUGUGCUCAUGCUAAUAUUAGUAGGAAGGAGUGGGAGGAAAACUCACUGACAUAGUAGUAGGGUCCAAAUUUGACGUAGUAGUAGGGUCCCGACCGCCACGCUACAUGUGGUUGUGACGAUCUUCCUUCCUCCCAUCCUCACACUCACAUUGGCAAAUCCAGUGAGAAGUAACCCCAAAAUUUAUACCGCCCUGAACAAGAACCUGGUGAUCGCUAAUUGAUAAUUUCGUAAGUAUUGCUUGCAGUGAAUGGUUGCGUGGCCUUACUACGCAAUUGCGGUUGAGCUUAGACCACAAACACGGUUUUGAACCUUAAAUUUAUCGCCGAUUAGUGUUUAGAACCAAAUUUUUUGAUAUUUAAGAUAACAAUGUGCGUGCAAAAUUUCGUAUUCUACUCCAUAUUCAUAGGAUUUAAAAGGGCACAACAACUGUCAAAAUAGUGCGAGAUUAUCAUGAUUACACUCUAAAAAUCCUCAACAUUUCAUGGGGAGAAUCCAGAAAUAUUUCUUGAUUCCGCCGAUAUCAUUAUCGUAUUCCAAGAAUGUAAAAAUAAUGCUGACGUUUCACAGGUUAUUCCAACCCAACAAUCAAAAUAUUUGCGAUAGGAGUUCAGCUUACGUAAUAUUACGUAAAAGAUUGAUUAAUGAGAGCAGAUAGAGCUACGUCCCUAUCUCUGGAUUUGUGAUAAUCCUUUACUAAAUCCUCACUUUAACAUUCCCAUCCCAGCAGAACAGAAAUUUACCUUGAUUGUCCAAAGUUAUCACACAAUAAAUAUUUCAACGUUCCGAUAAAGAUUAACGAAAUAUCCCAUGGGUCGAGGGUCUCUGCGUAAAUUUGGUCGUACAAUAUUCCCAAAAGUUUUACCUUUUGCCAUCCAUCAAUUACAAAGAAAUUCCUCGUAUCCCUCUUCAGUUCGUUACGUGAUGUAUGGGCAUUCCACCAUAAAUUCACCAUUAGUCAGUAUCGAGUCACUGAGCUGUUUCUGAUUAAUCAUUAUAAUCAAGCAAAUGUGAGAAAAUAAAUCUGCUAACUGACAUUUCACACACGUUAUACUGCGUAGUUACCUUUUCCAGGUCCUCCGAUCCGGUCGAUUAGAGGAGAGAAUCGCGUACAAAAAUAAUUUCUAGGUUUAAUUAUCCUUCGCAACAACUAUGUUACCAAUAGUUGGACUAACUGUGGGCUUUAUUUCCACAUUAAUCGGGCUCACCACUAGUGCCAUGUACGAUGGGCACAGCAUGCUUAGAGUCACACCACAGACCAAGCGACAAGAAGAUCAUUUAAGGGACCUGGGUAAACACCAAGGGGUAUCAUUUAUUGGAGGUGAUCCUCUUGUUGGGGAUCAUUCCCAUGUAAUUGCGUCCCCACAAGUGUUGGAUUUUGUGUUGGAAUCUUUGAAAAAAUUCGAAACUGAGCAUCUUCUAACUAAUCCCGAUGUAGGAAGGUCAAUCCGUUCUCAAAAGUUCAGGACCAGAAUGAAUGGAGAUAUCAGUUGGGACGCAUACUACGAUUUGGACUCGAUCAACCAAUACCUGACCGUUCAAAGUGUCGGACAUCCUGACCUCGUGACCCUCACAACGAUUGGAAAAUCGUUCGAGGGAAGGGACUUACUUCUCUUCAAAAUUAACAAGGGCAGCACCACGAAACCAAUUAUAUGGAUUGAUUCUAAUAUUCAUGCGCGAGAAUGGAUUUCAUCCGCGGUCGGGCUCUAUUUGAUCGAUCAACUCCUGAAUAGCCCAGAUAUUGAGAUUCAAGCUUACUUGGACGAUUUUAAUUUUCACGUUUUACCCAUGGCUAACCCGGACGGAUUCGUUUUCUCUCAUUUAACCGACAGAUUUUGGAGGAAGACGCGAUCAAACACUUCCGCAACGGCAAUAAAUGGAUGCCGUGGCGUAGAUCCGAAUAGAAAUUUCGACGCCUACUGGUUAGAAAACGAUGGGGGUUCUAAAGACCCCUGCGACCUUUAUUUCGCUGGAGACGCCGUUUUCACAGAGUUCGAAUGCAUCGCAAUUGCGCAGUAUUUAGACUCCAUCCGUGCCAACCUUAUUGCUUACAUAAGUCUGCACAGCUGGGGGCAAAACGUUUUAAUUCCGACGGGACGAGAUUCUACGCAAAUACCGGAAUAUAAUGAAUAGAUUAGAAUAGCAAACUUGGCCGCGGCAGCCCAUCAAAUUCCACAUGGCAUGGUUUACACGACCGGAAGUGUGUUCGAUGUUUGGCACCCGGCCCCAGGGACCAGUAUGGAUUGGGCGUACUUGAAUUUCCCAUCCGCCAAGAUACAUCUGACCUAUGAAUUCAGGGACAAAGGUCAAUACACCGUCCUUUUACCCGCGGAUCAAAUUUUGCCGCAAUGUGAAGAAUUCAUGGCAGGGAUCAAGGUCAUUUUCGACGAGCUUGAAUUUAUGUAAAAAUUCAUGAAAUAAAUUAUUACUACUUGAGCCAAGCGGUAAUAAAGUAUUGACUUAAACUAGCUAUUAUGUAUUUACGUAUAA